GAGUUUCUGUUUAAGCUGGCCUGAAUAAAGUCUCAGAAAUCCUGGAAGUAGACUUUGGUUUGAAGUGAAGGACGAGCUGAAAAGAAGUGGCAACCAUGGCUGUGGCAGGCUGCACAAAAUGCAUCAAAUAUAUGUUAUUUUUCUUUAAUUUUAUUUUCUGGCUGGCCGGAGGUGUGAUCUUAGGAGUGGCCCUGUGGUUACGCCAUGACAGUCAAACCAGCAACCUUCUCAUACUUCAGUUUGAAGGCCAGCAGGCGCCCAGCACCUUUUACAUCAGUGUCUACAUACUGAUUGCUGUCGGUGCUGUCAUGAUGCUUGUGGGCUUCCUCGGAUGUUACGGUGCCAUUCAGGAAUCUCAGUGUCUGCUAGGAACGUUUUUCUUCUUUCUGGUGAUCCUUUUUGCCAGCGAGGUGGCUGCAGCCAUCUGGGGCUUCAUGAAUAAAGACACAAUGUCUAAAGAGCUGAUAAAUUUCUAUGACGCCGCGUACAUCAAGGCUGUGGAUGUCUCUGGGUCCCCGAGUAAAGACGCAGCCGUCAGCGUGCUGGGUGCUUUCCACACCACGCUCAACUGCUGUGGGAAAGGUGAUGACACUCCUCUCUUCACGCAAGUCAGAAACACCUUGUGUCCUGCACGAAUUCUUUCUUCCCCGAUACCAAAGAGUUGCCACAGUGAACUGGAUGCUCUGUUCUCAGAGAAGCUUUACCUCAUCGGCCUGGCUGCCUUGGUGGUUGCUGUCAUCAUGAUAUUUGAGAUGAUCUUCACCAUGGUGCUCUGCUGUGGGAUCCGGAACAGCCCGGGAGUUUACUAGCUGUUUAAUGACCAGGAAUCAACCAGGCCAGCUGAUUCCAGGGAGAUCUGUGUCUGCGAGAGCACAAAGUGUCUUAUUUCCUAUUUACUUUAGAUUAGAUUCUGAUUUUUUUCUAUUACUCAUCUGUAACGUUCUUUUAGACAGGAACUAAACUGUCAUUAUUUGCCUUUACGCCUUCGGUUCGUUGGAAAAGGCUUCUUCAGCAGCGAUUAUUUGUGUAAAUUGUAUAUAAAGCUAUUGUUUGCUGGAAAGGAGACGGUGUGUGUGUGCGUGUUUUUUAACUGGUCGAUUGUUUAUAUUGCUGCAGUGUGACAGUGUUAUUUAAUCUGCCAUGUUUCUCUGACCAUCGCAAAGGUUUCUAGUUAACAGCUUCGUGUCUCCUCUUCUAACCUAUCGGGGAAAAAGUCUCUCUCACUCUAUUAACGUGUAAAUCUAUUAAAGACGAAAGUAUUACAUGUUCUAAGAACUCUAAUAAAUUAUAUCAAACUGGCUGCUGGAU